CAUUCAACAUUUAGAUUGCAUUUGAUAUAGACUUUUGGGGCUCACCUAUGCUCUUUCCUAUUGUUAGUAUCUACUGUUUAGAUUUCCCGAUUGAUGUGCUUGACUUUUAAGUCUAUUUUAGCCUUAGUUACUUUUAUGUGCUGUUGCGUUUAUAAUUUUACAUGUUGUCAUAAGCUUCUUUAGUACUGUUCUUACAAACUCUAUUUCUUUUCCUUCUUUUUUAAAUUUCUAUUGUCCAAGCAAUUCUUUUCAUAGCAUUGCAAACAUAAUUAAAAACAUGAACAUGGUUGACAAGGAGCUUUAUGUGCUUAAGGCUAAUGAUCAGCAAAUCCGGUGUUUGUUUUUUUGUUAUUUUGUUUCUGUUUUUUUUUUAAUUAUUAAUUAAUUAAUUUAUUUUUAACCAACCUGUAGACUCCCUACUUUAACUACAGGAGUAGGUGGGUAGAGAUAAACAAUAUUGAAGUUCAUUCCUGGGUGGCUACAUUUAUUCUGAUAUGAAUUACGAGCCAAUGGUCACUCUGAUUCUUAUGUGUUGCCUUCUUUCUAACAAAAUGACUCAUCCUUGUCAGUGUUGCCUUUUAUCCUAUGCUCUACGCAAGAACAGUUUAUCUUCCCCAUCUAGUCUUUAUCUGUGAAACCUGUGCGCUAUAUCGUCCAAAGAUAGAGAAUUGAAGUACCUCCUUAAAACCCCAAGGGAUCUAUAAUAUAAUAUAAUCUAAUUUUUUUUAUCACUAUUUAUCAUUUACUGAAAUUAGCUCCCACUUAAUUAUAAACAUCCAAUGUCAUUUUGGUACCUGUUAUUUUUGAAGUUUUGGAAGUCCGCGGUUUCAUUGUAUUCAUUAUCUGACUAGAAAGCUGAGGACCUAGGUUAGAAUAUAUAUUUAAGAAAUUCAACCUGGCAUAGAUUCUUUUGACCAGUGUUUGAUGGGAUGAUUACAUUUUCUGAUUAAAGAAUUAACACAUGAUGAAAAUGCUACGUAGUGUCAAAAGGUUUUGUAGUUUCAUGAAAUAUAUGCCAAAGAUAAUUCCACGUUGAUUUUUAUUUUAUUCUCAGUAAUUGAUUUUAUAUAUUUUCUUAUGACCAAUGCCUUUUUAAUGAAGAGACCAUAGUGAAAUCAGAAGCUUUAAUUCCAAUAAUUUAAUGUUUGAAUUCCUACAAUUCAGUGCCUAUGCUGUAAACAUGAACUAUUUUUGGUUGAACUACUAUCUACUGCUGCUUUGCCGAAUCUGAGGUAUGUUGUGCUUACCAUCCAUGGAGCAGAUUUUCAGACAGUUGCUAUUUUCAUGCAGACUGGCGAUCCCGAGAAAUCAGUGGCUGCGGCUGAGAGUAUUGAGACAAUAAGUGAUGCUGUGAACGAUUCUCCUAACAAGAUUUUCAUUGGUGGGAUAUCAAAGGCUCUUUCCUCAGAAAUGCUUCUGGAAAUCGUUACUGUCUUUGGACCUUUGAAGGCAUACCAUUUUGAGGCCAAUGAGGAACUUAAUGAACCAUGUGCUUUUCUAGAGUAUGUCGGCCAGUCAGUUACUCUCAAAGCCUGUGCGGGUCCGAAUAGUAUCAAAUUGGAAGGGAGAGUGCUAACUGUGGUUCAGGCAAUUCGUAGUGGAUCAUCCAUGGUAAAUAGUGGAAAUGCAUCACUCUAUGAGAUCCCAGAACAUGCAAAGCCACUUCUCAAACAACCUUCACAUAUCCUGAAGCUUAGAAAUGUGUUCAAUCUGGAGCAUAUGUCAUCACAGUCUGAACAAGAGAUUGAAGAAGUUCUGGAAGAUGUGCGAUUAGAAUUUGCCAGGUUUGGCAUGGUUAAAUCUGUAAAGAUCUUCAAGCAUGCAAACAAUCACAUUGUCACCACUAGAGCGUGUGAAGCUGUCAAUGAUACAGAAUCUGGUGGGCACUGGCAACAUUUAUGUUCUGAAGAAAAAGGAGCAAAAACAGAGACUUUGGACCAACAUAUUGAUAAUGACGGCAAGGAAACUAGUGGAGUGAAGCUUACUGGGGAACAUAAAGAAGUUGAAGUCCCAGAAAGUAAUUGCUUUGGUUAUUAUAAACCAGCAGAUGAUUUUGUAGAGGACAAGUCAUGUCAAAUGGGCCAACCAGAUAAAGAUAUUGAAAUCCAAGGAAGCAAUGACUCACUUAAUAGGGAUCCCGAAGAACUCAGCAACCAGUCAAACGGCAUGGAAGAUGCGUCAGAGUAUUAUAAUGAUAAAACUUCUGAAGUUACAACAGUAGAGAGUUCUAUUCUAGAGGAAGUUGAUGGUAAGAAACAAGAGACUUUUGCUGGAACAGAUGACAAUGUGGGAACAGAAACAGACUAUUCUGGAGAGUGGAACUAAGGAGCAGCAUAAUGGGAAGGAGAAUGAUUUUGAUUGUGGAAGCAUUUUCGAGCCUGGGUGUGUCUUUGUGGAGUUUGGGAGAACAGAAGCCUCUUGGAUGGCAGCACAUUGUUUACAUGGACGAGUUUUUGAGGAUCGGCGAUUGUGACAGUGGAGUAUAUCACGCCUGAUCAUUACAGGGCGAAAUGUUUGAACUGAGCAUAUGUUUGAAUGCACUGUUUGGAUGUUGGUCAGUGAUCCAUUUUGGCUCGUUGCUGUGAUAGUUUUCUGUAUAUCCGUUUUAGAGUUUGAUCAUGGAAAUCUUUAUUGAAAUAUUCAGUUUAAUUAAGGCAGACUCUAGAGUAGGAAAUGAUGUAUGCCCUCUUUUAUUAUUGUUUGUCUAGAGCAAUGUUUUGAUCAAAAGAAAUAAAAUAAAAUAAAAAAACCCAUGCGACUUCACCUUCUA